GAGGGGCACAAGCAAGAGAAGGAUUAGGACACAAACGCUAGAGAGAGAGAGAGAGAGGUGGUGGCCGGUGGGACGUCCGUGGUGGUGGUGGAGUUAGAUCGGCUGUGCUUGUUCCUCGCUCCUCGCUGGUUCAGAGGAGGUCAUGAUCAACUAAUGCCUAUUCAUUUAUUAUGGACUUGCACCAGUUGUUAAAGUACAGAUUAACUGGUGCUAACGUCUACUACGAAUUUCCUACAGAGAACAACUUAGCAAACACUCCUUGGCCAGCUAGUCCACUGAAGUCUGAGUUCAGCAGCUCAUCAUACACUCCUCUUUCAUCCCAGCUUGAGUGUGAUAAUUUGUCUGCACUCAGCAAUACUCCAGAUAACCAGAGCUCCACAGAAACCAUUUCAGCACAAUCAAUAUCACCACUGGAAGUAGACAGCUCAUACAAACAGGCAGCUAUCCUUCGGGAGAACACCCAAGUGAGACCUGAUCCAUUGUACACAACAUCAAGGCAUAAUAUGCAACACGCUUUACGAGAAAUAGAGACUGUUCUGAUGGCACCUGAUGCUGAUGAUGCAGCUACUAGCACCAAGCAUGAAUUUGAGGAACAUAAACCUGCUCAGCUGAUGAGGCAGCGGUCAAGGACAUGGAGUCAUGAAUCUAGGCAGCCAUCACCAGGAGUUGUACGGACACAACUUGCAUCUGGAUACCCCACAGCAAGCUAUGAGUUCCGCCCAGAGAAACGGCUAAGGGAGUUAAGGGAGGAUCCGCAGAGCAUGGUGAAGCAGCUAUUAACCAAGUGUGCUGAAGCAUUAAGUGAGGAGAGGAUAGAGGAGUUCCUUAACCUUGUUCAGCAAGCUCGUGGAGUUGUAUCAAUUACUGGGGAGCCAAUCCAGCGGUUAGGUGCUUACCUCCUUGAGGGUUUGGUUGCUAGACAUGCAAACUCAGGUACAAACAUAUAUCGUGCCCUGAAGUGCCGUGAGCCAGAGAGUAAUGAACUCUUGUCUUACAUGAAGAUUUUGUAUAACAUCUGUCCGUACUUGAAGUUUGGCUAUAUGGCUGCCAAUGGGGCAAUUGCAGAGGCAUUAAGAAAUGAGGACAGGAUCCAUAUUAUUGAUUUCCAGAUUGCCCAAGGGACACAGUGGAUAACACUGAUACAAGCGCUAGCUGCAAGGCCUGGGGGUCCACCACACGUGCGGAUCACUGGAAUAGAUGACCCAGUGUCAGAGUAUGCCCGUGGUGAAGGUCUGGACCUUGUAGGGAAGAUGUUGAAAAGCAUGUCUGAGGAAUUCAGGAUACCUUUGGAGUUUACCCCUCUGCCCGGUAUUUAUGCAACUCAAGUUACAAAAGAAAUGCUGGACAUUAGGUCAGGCGAAGCACUUGCUGUCAACUUCACUCUGCAGCUGCACCACACCCCGGAUGAGAGCGUGGACGUGAACAACCCACGGGACGGGCUACUCCGGAUGGUGAAAGGCCUGUCUCCGAAGGUGACCACGCUUGUGGAGCAGGAGUCGCACACCAACACGACCCCGUUCUUGAUGCGGUUCACCGAGACCUUGGACUACUAUUCGGCCAUGUUCGAGUCAAUCGACACGAACCUGCCACGGGACAACAAGGAGCGGAUCAACGUGGAGCAGCACUGUCUUGCCAAGGACAUCGUGAACAUCAUCGCCUGCGAGGGGAAGGACCGGGUGGAGCGUCACGAGCUCCUGGGCAAAUGGCGGUCGAGGCUGACCAUGGCCGGGUUCAGACCAUACCCGCUGAGCUCGUACGUGAACUCGGUGAUCAGGAAGCUCCUUGCCUGCUACUCGGACAAGUACACCCUGGAAGAGAAGGAUGGCGCGAUGCUGCUCGGCUGGAAGAACAGGAAGUUGAUAUCUGCUUCUGCUUGGCACUGACAGUAACGUUUUCAGAAGACCGGAAGUACACGUCAACUCUUACAUAUAUAUAUGUAUGUAUGCAUAAUGAAUUACCUGGUCUGCUUUCCGCAAAAAAGGACGCCCUUUGUUGUACAUGUACAUGAUGCUGUACCCUUAGUUUUCCUGAAGUGCAGACCAGAGAAGAGAACAUUGACAUUAGAUUGUAGCUGCUAAGCUGUAUGGUAAUUACAGUUUUCUUUUGCUCUCAUGU